AUGUUUUUAAGUGUUGAAUCAGCUGUUUUCAAACCUCAUCUCUUUCUUGUUCUAUUUGUUUGCUUGAGGGCAAGCAAAGUUCAAGUUUGGGGGUCUUUUGGAGCAUUCUGGAGCAUAUGGGACAUGAGGAGCAUGGAGGGACUUGGCACAUGGAGCAGCUCAACUGGAUACGCAAAGGAAGAAGGGAGAAGCCAUCUUGAAGACCAGCUCGACCGUCCACUCGACCAACCGGUCGAGUUCCUCAACUCGACCGGCCAAGCUUCAACUCGAUCGAGCUGGAAGUCAAAGUCAAACCCGAAAAAUGUUGCUUCCCCCUUGACUUUCCUUUGA